AUGCUGCACAGUCUAGCUUUCACCAAGGGAAGACGCCAGACGUCUGGCUUUGUCCAGGAAAACAGUGCGGAAUAUGCCGAGCAGGUUCUUAAUGAGGCAACUCGACUACUCGAAACAUUUACUGCGCAUUCCACAAAAAUACGCAAUGAAACUCUGGAAAAGCCUCAAGAACCUGCUGAGUAUACAAGAAAUGUGACACAUGGUCAUAGCACCUUCGUUGUGGGCAAACGCCAACAGGAAAUUCAACGGCCAAGAAGUAUUCCGGUGGUAUCGUCGACACCACAGACCUCCACAACAUCUAAGCCAACUAAUGAUGCUCCUGCUCCAUCAAGAAAUGUGACCGUACCGCGUCUUGGCAAGAGAGGAGAGCGGAAUCCACCUCGUCCAACCCCAUCUACUCAACCAGUUCAUACAGCACCUGCGCCUGAAAGACCACAGAGUCUGCGUUCCAUCAGUAGGGACCCCCGUCUAUCAAGACAAUCACGGGCACCUUCCAAAGAAAGCCUAGAUGGGGCACGGUCUCCUAGUUUGCUUCUUUCUCCUUCACAAUCUACUAAUGACAUGAACGGUCCUCGGCGCUCUGGUCGUGCCAAGAACAUACCGACCACGUACAACGUGCGUGUACUGCUUGGGUUGGACCUUCUGGAGACUGUAUCCACUGCCAGUAAUGCCUCUGAGGUUGAGACGUUGGCCCGUGAUCUCAGUCAAGCACCAUCGGAAGUGGAGACAUUAGCAACCCUGACCCCGGCAGUAACCCCAGCACCAACCGCAGUAGUGGCACCCAGGCCUCCUACUAAGUCUGCAAAUAUCUCGCGGCUUCUAUGGGAACGAGAAUUGCGCGGUUGUAGUGCUAGCAGUCGGAUCUAUACGGCAGUCACUCAAGAUCUCAAGCCUUGGAAAUCGUGGAGAGGCGCCUCAAAUGAUGUCGUGGCUCUGGCUUGGUCGCCUGAUUCAACUAGAUUUGCUGCAGGAGCAACGGCCCAAUCUGACGAGUACAAUCGGAAGAAUAACUUGCUUUUUGGUGAUCUUGUUGAGAGUGCCUUGCACGAGCUCCCAGAUCAUUUCACCCGUCGGUCUGCGCCGUCAACUGGCACGGAUGAUCGUCUCUAUACCAGCGUGACAGAUAUGGAAUGGGUUGGUGAUCGACUCUACACGGCGAGCUACGACAACACGGUGAAGAUCUGGGACGUUACUGCAGGCAAACACCCCUCCUGUCUUCAGACCUUACGACACAAAUCCAAGGUUGUGGUGAUGGCAGUUUCAAAAUUAAAGCCAAACUUUAUCGCAACAGGGACGGAUGAGUUCCGCCUGUGGGAUGUCAAGAAGGGUCGAGCACCUAGCUACUGCAAUUUGGACAUAGUACGGGCUCCGCGGCAAAAAGCUGUGGACCUGGUGCCGACAACCCUGCAGUGGGGGAACACCGCUCACACGAGUGACUUCUUGAUUGGGGGGGAUGACUGA